AUGUCCAAGAUGGUGGCACAGGAGUGGACCGUGCCGAUCCCCAAGCGGACCACGCCUCCAAAGUACCUCCAGACGGGCGUCUUUGCCGUUCUAUUCAACACAUCCAUCAUCUUGGCCAACUUGACCCAGUUUCUCGCCCUGGGCCUCUAUCCCCUCCCCAUCACGCGGCCGUACUAUGAGCGCGCCAUCGCCUACACGAAGCUGUCCUUUGCCCGCCUCCUCGUGGCUAUCAGCCAGCUCUUCGGCCCGACAAAGCUGGUGGUCAGCUGCUCGGACCCACAAGGCAACGCGUUGGACCCCGAGCGCAUCGUCAAGCGCCGCGUCGAUGGGACCGUGUCCCACGUCGAGCUUCCGAGCAAGAGCGUAUGGAUCAGCAACCACCAAGUCUACACCGACUGGCUCUACCUCUGGUGCCUGGCCUACUACGGCGACCUGGCCGAUUCGAUCCUCAUCAUUCUCAAGGACUCGCUCAAGUGGAUCCCCUUUGUUGGCUGGGGCAUGCAAUUCUUUCGCUUCAUCUUCCUAGCGCGCAACUGGCUCGCCGAUAAGGGGCCACUGGCAAAGCACCUGGCGUUUAUGGCGUCAAAGGCACGUUCUGUACCCACGGCGGGCCAGCAGGGCAGCGCGACAGACCUGGCCGUGUCGCGGAGCUCGCCGUCAAAGCUGCUGCUGCUCAUCUUUCCCGAGGGCACCCUCGUCUCGGCGCUGACACGGCCGACGAGCAAGAAAUUUGCGGAAAAGCAGGACAUUGCCGACUGCCGCAACUUGCUCCUGCCCCGCUCGACUGGCCUGCUCUUCUGUCUCCGGAGCUUGGCUGCCGACAUUUCCGACCUCAAGCUCGUCGACUUUACCAUUGGAUACCCGGGUAUUCCCCCCGCGGGCUAUGGCCAGUCGUACUACACGCUUCGGUCCAUCUUCAUGCAGGGCGUGCCCCCACCGGCCGUCCACAUUCACUUCACCAUCUUGCCCUCCCGGUCGACGGACCCGCAGGACAAGAUUUCUCCGCCGCUGGGCAAGCUGCCCACCGAUGCAGCCGAGGCGUCGCGGCAGGAGUCGUCGCAGGAGGAAAAGACCCGCUUUGAAGCAUGGCUCCUCAACCGAUGGCGGAACAAGGACGACCUCAUGGACCGCUUCUACCGCGACGGCGACUUUGUCGGAGGACAGUACGGCAGGUACAAGGCCAUGGACGACGAAGGCAAACGGCAGCCCGACGACCGCCAAUAUGUCGAAGUGCCCGUCGAGCUAAAGUCGAUUCGCGAGUUUGGCGACAUCAUCUGCUGGGCCGCCCCCGUCUGGGCUGGCCUGCUUGUCUACAAGGCGAUCCAAAUGAUGCGCUAG